AUGCCGCCAAACCUCGCAGAAUGUUUUCGAGUGACCCUUUGGGUUGAUCCAGAGCCUCCGUGCCUUGCCACCGCCGGGCAGGUCGGACUCGAUACGUCCGAUGCUGCGAAUGCAAUCAGGCUCAAUCCUGGCGCCCUCGAGCCUGCAUCUGUAUCAAUCGGAGAUUUAUUCGAGAUCAUCCCCCUGGUCAAUCAAGCAUCAUCAACACCCGAGGCUUCGUUGUUGACCGCCCCGCGAUGGCAGAGUGAACCAGGAUUUAUGCUAGCUAUUCGUCAGCAUACGUUAGUUCGUCAGCAAGGCUUACAGCUUUCGAUCCCAAUCGCAAUUGCAAGAGCGUUCGAUCUGGAAAAAUUCAACCGACAUGACGUUCUGCUCAGAAAACUUCCAGCCCCUCUGCCUUCGACACACUGCGCCGACCAUGUUGAACUCUCAUUCCGUGACCAGUACCUCGGACGUGGCGAAAUGUGGCGGAUGACGAUGAUGAUGGUUGAUAGUUGUGCCUGGGUUGGUCGUGAGGUCACAUUAGGAACGUUGAAAGUGAAAACCAAGGUUGGAAGAAUAUAUGUCAAGGGGAAAAGGGUGCUCUCGGGAUAUAUUACUCCUCACACCAAGUUGAUCUUUCGAUCAGAAAGUGCCAAAUAUUACCUUUUCAUCCAAAUUAGCUCGGAAAUGUGGACGUUUGAAGAAGAUGGAUCGUUGUACCAUGAGAAGGCCGUUUUGUUUUUGGAAGAACUUUUCAGCCGCUGGGCAGGCAUAGGCACUAGCCAUCUUGUUUCACUCGUGCUAUUCUCGAGAGUCUUCUAUUCAGACCAAGAGAAGGAUAAUAUCCCCCCUCCUGUGCUGACUGCCCAAGAUGGAAGGGCGUUCAAAGAUUUUUAUAAAGUCGUCGCCGAUCUUGAACCUUUGACUCAACCCCAAAAAGUCCUCGAUGAAGUCCGUGACGAGAUAUCCAAGUUUCAAAAACAUGUUCUCACAUAUACCGAUCCCAACGGCAUCCGGAGAUUGGCGGGGAAGCUCUCGUAUGCCCCGGAAGGCAACGUACUCGAAGCGAUGGGUAUCGCCUGCAAUUCAUUCGAUGAGCACUACAUCGACCGGGAUCUGCGAAGAACUGGCGUUUCCAUUGUCUUCGUUACCGCUGGGACCUGCGUUUACCACGUCGAUCAAAUGCUACUAAGACUAGCGACGGAGCGAUUCAUUGCUCACGGGGUCGGGGUGGAUUUCGUCAGUCUGGCGAAAAUACCUCUACAUGUCGUGCCUCUAUUUAGAUUCUCUGCAGCCGAUUUAGAACCCAAUGACAUGUCACCCCAGACCUCAUCUUGGGCGAUCGAUAACUCGCUGAAUCCAAUCUACAUCGAUUCCCCGUCGCCCCAGGCCCCGAAGUCCAUUCACUACAGUGUCCCAUUCUUUGUUGACUGCUCAUUCUUCUCUCGGCACCAGGAUCGACCUUUCCGAAUCGACCGCUUUAUGCCCAGAUGCCGUGUGCCACAGUUCCAAAAUGGAAUAGGAGAGCAUGACCUAACAGGAAUUUCAAUCCCAUUGCUCAGCGAGAGUAUGCCCCCCUCUGCCCUCAGUGAUGACGCUGCAGCCAGAAAAAAGGCCAGACAACGAUUUGAUGCGCAAGUGGUAGAUGCCUCGCCGACCCCACUCGCUCCUUUGCGCGCUACUGGCGUCAACCAAAGAUCCGGCUCCAGAGCCAUGGUGGACGGCCUGGCUGUGACGGCUGUUGAAACGAAACGCAAGUUCUCCACGUCCAAACACGAGGAAAUAAAUCGUUCGCCUUUGCUCAAAGCGACACUGCCCCAGGGGACAACCGAUUUUUCUCAACUCACGAAUCAACCAUCGGCAGGACUGUCAAUUGUACCUAUUUCAAGCUCCGAGACUAGUCGUGCCCGUGCUACCUCUGCCUCUACCAGUGGAUCUAACAAUCCCAAGGCCGGUACCCCAGCGCUGAUAGCUCGAUUGACCAACCUCUCCCAGCAACAUCGUUCAUUCUGGCCGUGGUCAAGUAAUAGUACGUCGACAAUAAUGAAGGCUGAGCCAACUCUUCAAGCGGCUACAAUUCAUCGUCCACCAAGCCCACCUGAAGGUUCUCGAGCCUCUCGACAUGAAGAAGCAAAUGUAUCUAUUGCAUCUGAGGAACCACCUGCUGCUGGCGUGCAAGACGGAAAUGCAAAUAGUACUCGCGUUGGUCGCUCUGACACCAUGCGUUCUGCCACGACGUUGAUGCCUUUGAUCAACGCCCCCAAGCGUACUGUCUCAGCCUCUUCAAACCCGCAAGAUAUUACACCAAUGAGCUCUCGUGCCCCGAGUGUUGCUCCACAAAAACAUAAGCACCGCUUGGUCGCCAAGAAGUUCAAUCCUUCCAAUCCAUAUUGCAGUGCCUCUGGCUUACUUUCGCAGUUUAAAAAGUGGAGCGCGAUCUUUCCACGGCCUCCCAACAACCAAAGAUCCUUAAAAUGGAAAUCAUUGACUACACCCGCUUGUCUACCGAUUACGACUGACUUUGCCCCAAGUCAAGACGAGUUGAAUAACUCAUACUUACUGACGGAGUAUGAGUUUCCUAUCGAUGAUUCCUCGAUAUUGGUCAAGUGCUCCAAUGCUACGUUUAAUGCCGAAGAAUACGUGCGAAAUCACGCGGCCUUAGUUCUUCGAGAAGCGAUCUCUCAAAGACUCAGCCAAAGCUUCCAGCUUGUAGUCCCACAAUUGCCCCAACACGUGGCCGAUCUUUCCCCUUCGUCUCGUCCCGCAAGGCUCUCGCUAAAUGGCAUUGUUAAUGAGGCUGAGAAAGGCCAGGGUGCUUAUGUUGAUCUUUCAUUGAGUGACCAUUAUCAUAGACUGUCAAUUCGACGCCUCGAUUCUGGAAAGCCAACACUCUCGGUCCAGAUGUACGUUCGCCAUCAAACUUGGAAAGCUGAGUCCUACGAUUAUCGACCUGCAAUUUGGUGGUCCAAUGAAAGACCCGGGUGGGAUGAAUUCCACAUACCUUUCAAUUUCCCUCUUCGAGGCUUUUUCGACUUUGAAGCAUUGGAUAGAAUCAUCGUCGGAAUAGAUAAUGGGAUACCCUUGAAUGAAGGGCUGAAGUUUUGUCGUUUGCGAGCGGCUUUCUUACCCAGUCUAGCUAACGAUGGGCGAGAAGCUGUGUUAAAGCCGCAAGGUAAAAGUCCCCCUUCAGAUGAUGAAAACCGAUUGGCGGGAAUGAUGAAGUUACAAAGCACUCUGCGGAAUGUCAAUUGGCAUUCAAUCAGCGAUUCUACAAUGUCGGGGGCUACCCUUGAUUUCACUACAUCGGAUGCUUCUCAACAUGUUCGGCACGAGCGUGAAAGAUCCUUGGCUUUUGCGACCACUUCUCGGGACCCACGCGAUAAACCAAGUCACACGAUCAGCUUGAGAGACCCUCUGAAUGUCAUAGUUGAAGCCAUGUUACAUCCAGCUUCCGGAGUCGAAGUUAAAUCACAACUGAUUCAAUUAAGGCUAGUUGAAAAUGUAUUCCAGGGUGACAAACUUGUGACCUUUUUGAAACACCAAUUAAACCUCGGAACAAGGGAGGAGGCUUUAAACUUUGGACGGCAACUGGAAACAAGAGGGAUGUUCAAGGAGGUGACCAACGGUAAUCAGCCAAGACCUCUGACCGAUGGCGGCAACAGAUACUAUCAAAUCAAUUCUGAUUAUCGUCCCGUUAAGCCGUCGCGAACCUGGUUUGGCAGACCUACCGCCGAGAAGUUACCCACAAGCAACUCAAAUCAGAAGUCAACUUCCAAUCCUGCGACCGCACCUCCCACUGAAGAAAACAAGCGUUCAAGCUCCGUUAGCGGCUCUCAAGCAGAACGAACUGUUGCGAAUAUGACCCGAGUCGGAAUUAUCGAUCUUGAUCCCACGGGCAAAAGCGAUCGAAGUGAAAAGGCCAUCCUGCUCUGCGAUAUCAGUCAUUCGCCAUCGAACGCUUGGCAUGUUGAGAUACAGUGGCUAGGCAUCACAUCAUCAUUGGUAGAUAGCAUGCUUCAACACUGGGCGAGGAUCGUCGAGAGAUAUGGCAUCAAGAUGGUAGAGCAAAGUUCUAGGAGACUAGACCAAGUUUCAGACUCCAAUCCGCUACAGAGAACUACUCGGAUCGAAUUGGCGGUCAAGCCGCCAACAUUGGAUGGCUUGGAAGAACUCGUUCCUAUCUCCACCUCUCCCAACUGGUAUUUCGAAGGACAGUUAGUGAGAAGCCAGGGUUUUGUAUUGGAUGUCGAAGCGGAUCGGAAUUUCCCCAGUGAUGUCAACGUUGUUUAUUCGUACCGCCGUCAUUCACAUGACUAUUCUCAAUACAUUCAUCACACAGGUGCGGCGACUGUCCAAGUUCAAGAGGGCUCUUUGGUCUGGGCCGAUAAUCUACCGGCGCGUAUAAGUAACAACCGGCGGUUCAUCGGCGGUAGAGGCGAAGCACGCUCGACUGGAAUCGAUGCCAAGCAGUUGAAGAAAUCUUUGAUGAUGCUUUGCAAUGACAGCGUUCGCUUGAAACAGUUUUGGCAGGAUUGCGUGGACGAUCUGCACCAGAAUCGUGAUCCUGCUGAAUGA